CCGUUUUGGCUCAAGCCAGUUGACUAUUCAGACUUCCCUGCAAUUUUGUCAUACCGCUUUACUGGAGAGCUUUGCUGGGCGUCUGCUCAGGCAGGCCGACAGACAGCCCCGAGGAUGGCUGGCGAACCGCACCGCGCGCCCCGUGGGCCGCCCGCGCCCCGCCCACGCCCGGCCUGGCCGCCGCUCUUGACGGACGUGGGUGCCCAGCCCGCCCAGCCGCAGGACGACCACCUGCACCUCUGGGCCGCAAUGCGGGACGACAGCCGCCACGGCGUACACCCCUCUGGCGGCGAGGGCUUGCACUCGUGGCCCGCCGUGCCAGCGUCGGCGGCCUCGGUCUUGGCUGCCAGGCCGGGCCUCCCGCCAGACCACGCCGCCGCGCCAGCCCCACGGCGAGCUCAGGGGCGGCAAGGGGCAGCCUCCUGCGGCGCGCAGGCGCCACUGGCCGAGCUGGUGCGCCACCACAGCCUCCCUGAGGUAGACCACGAACACGAACGCCGCGCCGACCAAGAUGUCACUACAAUGGCCAUCGUGAAUCUACCCUACUCAUACCCACAGUGGAUGUUGCAGCGGGAUAUCGACCAGGAGGGCCUUGCGUAUGACUAUUUCCAUGUCCCCCACGACAAUCGUCUGACGAGGAACCGUGGGUUUGCGUUUGUAAACUUCCUAACGCCAGAGGCCGCGGACACUUUUAAGCGGUCCUUCAACAGCCGCGAAUUUUCCUCCCCAGCGGCUGAGAGCAAGGUGGUCACAGUCUUACCCUCCAGGCUGCAGGGAUUCGAGGCUAACGCAAGCCUCCAUCCAGGGGGUGUUGUUCAGAAGCCGCAGCUGCAGCUGCGAAAGCACCAGCAGCCGCAAUAUCAGCAGCUUCGACAGGAGCAACAGCAGCAGACGACUGCCAGCGGAAGCGGCAGCAGUCGAGGCUGCCAUGCGGCCGUUCCCGCUGCAAUUGGCCGCAGCGCUGGAUCAAGCAGCUCUUCGAGCGACGUUCCUAUGUUUGUUAGGAUAUCUCUGUGA